GGUGUGGGUGUGUGGAGAGAGCGCGGAGAAGGGAAAAAGUAACGGUUAGCUACAGAAGAGACGGAAAGAAAAUAAAUAAAAGGAAUAUAAAAACUCCCUCGACAGCCAGAGUUGUGUCGGCGAUGCUCGCUGUGAGUAGACUGUUUCAGCCCACUGUACGCGGUGUUCGUGCCUUGGAGAAGAAAUAAAGUUCGGUGAAGCAGUUUCCUACGCCUCCUUCGAUCUUUUUGCUAGCGGAGUUCAGCGGAGUUUAGACACAUCUUCUCACUGAAUGGUUAUUCUUUGUUUUCAUGACUAUUUACAUUGUAGAUAAUGCGUUAAUCUCAGCAAUAUUGCACACGUCAUAAGUGACGGUGUGACUACACUUCAUGAAACACAACGUCAACUCCCGCCCUUUCACUCUUCAGUUAGGGCGGUUUCGACAGGAAGAAGCAUCACUGGUUGUGGGUUUAACCGUGUGGUCUUAGGAUUUAAAAAGCCAGCGACACCCAUACUGAAGGCAAAACAAAGAAGUCUGAUCAGGUUUUCGGCUGAAGCUAUUUCAGCACCACCGUGUGUGUAUUUUGCUCCAGCCUUGUGUGAAAUCAGCAAAACUCAACUCAGAACGCAAAUGGCUGGUUUAUCGUUGUCACUUUGGUGGAUUUGGCUGUCUCUCUCGGUUCUACGUUCAAAUGCUUCUAAAGACAAGAUAAACGCCACAGCUGAGUCUGGACAGGAUGUCAAUCUGACAUGUCGAGCUCCAGGCAAGGACAACGCUAUCAUAGUUGUAGAGUGGAGCAGAGCUGACCUUGGAACAAAAUAUAUCUCUUUGUACCGCGGCAGGAAAUUUGUUCCAGACCACCAGCAUCCAUCUUUUAAGGACCGGGUGGAUCUGCAGGACAGACAGAUGAAGGAUGGAGACUUCUCUGUGAUUCUGAAGAAUGUGACAACUGCUGAUAGUGGAACAUACGAGUGUCGUGUUGAGACAAAAACAAAUCGCAGGAAGAGAGCUAAUCUGGAUGGUGACCCCAUCAGCAGCAUCAACCUUCAUGUUGUUCCUCCAGGUCAACAAGGAGGACACACAGAGGAUGGAGGGAAGGAGGAUGGAGGGAAGGAGGAUGGAUCUGUUGGACUGAGAAGAGGACAUUUUCCACUGAUAGCAUCUUUAUCAUUUAUUUGUGCAGUUUGUAUUUUGAUCACCGUAAAGUAUUUCUAUCCUACUCGUGAUAAAGCAACUGACACGCAGCAGGCAUGAAAUAUUGCACUUGACAAUUUUUAUGUCACAGCAGACAAACCAGAGGAUCUUGUAUUAUCAUCCACCGUCGUUACAACAGAGAAAUCUAAAGCAACAGUAUCAACAUGUUUCAGGGUUCCCAUUAAUUUCAACUAUAAAUAUGGUGGAAACCAAGGGAACCCAAAAAUCUUCAAAAAAAUAAGGAAAUAUGCCACAAAAUGUUCAGCUGAAACAAAAUUAACGACAGUAGAUUUAGCUAUUCCUCAUGUCUGCACCAACAGUAUUAUUCCCCUCCUCAAGCUGCCACCUUGGCGUUGGUGGAGAGGCUUGUGUGCUCAAAUCCUGGAGCGUUCAGUUGACAAACAGGUUUCAGGUGAUGAGCCAGACUAAGAGCAGCUCAACAAAAAAAGUGAUGGACUGAGUAAAUCAUGUGUCUUGUGUGACUUCUAGUUGUAUAAACCAACUAAAAAUAAAAAAGAAUGAGAGCUCUUUAACUGAGCCCUUAAACAUAGGUGCAGACUAAUGCUUUUGUGGAUAUUUGUGAUACAAAUAUCAAAGAGAGAUACCUACCUGCAAAACUUUAUCUUUAACAGAUCAGACAAAAAUAAUCUACUUUUAAAUCACUUAUAAAAUACAAGAACUCUGGUUUUCUGCUGUAGUUGGGACUGGUGGAACUCCUGUACUCAUCCCCUGCUGUUGUCAAGUGCUUUAUUUACUCAUUUAAAAAUUUAAAAAUAAAUGUAGUACAUUUUCUUCUAUCAGACGUUUUGGUUCAGGCUUUAUUACAAGCACAGAGUGAAACGUGUAUUAAUCAACUAAUCUUUACAUUUAAUAAGUGAUCUAAAAGUAGAUUUUUUGUGAAACUUGCUUGGGUUUUUUUUUGUGUAUUUUUGAUGUAUAUCCUUUAACACAAUAAGUUAAAGAAAAGCUUUUUUUCUAGAUGGAUAUUUGCAUAAACAUUUUUAUUUUUACAAUGUAGAGAAUAAAUUACAUUUCACAUUUUGAAAAUAACAUUUGCUUUUGGUUUCCUUUCUCCAGAAAUGAUUACAAAAGCUAUUCAGUAUGUAACUGAUCCUGUUGGUACACACCCAGUAUCUUGUUGAAACAGCACUAAAGUACGUGCGACACACCCUCUGGGCUUUGCUCCAAGUAACCACAGAUGGAAAAACACAGAUACCCAUUCAUUAUCUACCCAGUUAAUCCUUAGAGCUUUUUUUUAAACAUCCUUGCGUGUCACCUGAUAAUAAUCCUCCUGGCUAGUCUGGGCCUGUAAUUAGAGACAACAAAGUGAAGCUCUUAUUACAAGGUGCAGGAGUUGUAGUUUGCAGUUUGUUCCUACCACUGCUUGAUUCAGUGCUGGGUUUAAGGGAGAACAAAGCAGUUCCUCUUCAGUAUGAUAUAAGUUUUCUCUCAUUUCCUUUGUUUAUUAACAGAAAAUAAGGCAGACUUUUCAAAUCAUGUUGCAAACAGUUAAUGUGUGAACAGAUAAACAGCAAAAUGUUUCUAGGGAUCUUGGUUUAUUUUUGUUCCCUGAUUUUAUUCAUUUAUUUUUAAAGAACUGGAAUAAAUGUGUUUUUCCAGUAUCAGAAAUCACAUAUUCUAAUUGUUUUUACCUUCUGUAAGAAAUAACCAUAAUUAGUGACAAAUAAUUACGACAGAGCUCAAAGAAAAUUCCUUGUGCAUUACAGAAACAGAAAAGGUUUGCCUUUAUUUCUUUAGAAAUGAAGUCAUGCUCCUGCUAUUACAAGAAUCCUGCUGAUCAAGUCUAAAAAUAGUCCCAACAAACUGAGCUCAGUUUGGCCUUCUGUUUCUGUAUGUAAGUUUUUCAUUCUGACCUUUUUCUUUAUAUCUGAUAUUAAAACAUAUAUUUUUUAUAAUA